AUGGCUGCUCCCCGACUUUUCCGCCCUGCAGCUCGUCUGCUUUCAUCACGUCUCUCUGCUCCUCGCCGUCCGGCCUUCCCCCAAUCGGCAUGCGCUCCCUCCAUCCUACGCUCCCGGGGCUAUGCUACGGAAGGUGGUGCUAAGGAAGUCACUGUUCGUGAUGCAUUGAACGAAGCUCUCGCGGAGGAAUUGGAGACGAACCCGAAAACAUUCAUCCUGGGAGAGGAGGUCGCACAGUAUAACGGAGCUUACAAAGUGACAAGAGGUCUUUUGGACCGUUUCGGCCCCAAGAGAGUCAUUGAUACGCCUAUCACAGAAGCAGGCUUUUGCGGUCUGGCGGUUGGCGCUGCUCUUGCUGGCCUGCACCCCAUUUGCGAGUUCAUGACCUUCAACUUCGCCAUGCAGGCUAUUGACCAAAUCAUCAACUCUGCUGCUAAGACCCACUACAUGUCUGGUGGUAUUCAACCCUGCAACGUCACUUUCCGUGGCCCCAAUGGAUUCGCCGCCGGUGUUGCCGCUCAGCACUCACAGGACUACUCGGCUUGGUACGGCAGCAUCCCUGGACUGAAGGUUGUUUCGCCGUGGAGCUCUGAGGAUGCCAAGGGUUUGUUGAAGGCUGCUAUUCGUGACCCCAACCCUGUCGUUGUUCUAGAGAACGAGCUUUUGUAUGGUCAAGCCUUCCCCAUGAGCGAGGCCGCUCAGAAGGAUGACUUUGUCCUGCCUAUUGGCAAGGCUAAGAUUGAACGUCCCGGAAAGGAUUUGACUAUUGUUUCUCUUUCUCGCUGCGUGGGACUGUCUCUGAACGCUGCCGCUGAACUGAAGGAGAAAUACGGCGUUGACGCUGAGGUGAUCAACCUCCGCUCCGUUAAGCCCCUUGAUGUCGAGACAAUUGUUCAGUCGCUCAAGAAGACGGGCCGCAUCAUGUGCGUCGAGUCUGGAUUCCCCAUGUUCGGUGUCUCCUCAGAAAUCCUGGCCUUGGCCAUGGAGUAUGGCUUUGACUACCUGACUGCCCCCGCCGUUCGUGUCACCGGCGCUGAGGUGCCUACUCCUUAUGCCGUCGGUCUUGAGCAGAUGAGCUUCCCCCAGGUGGACACCAUCCUUAGCCAGGCCACUAAGCUUCUACGCUUGUAA